UAGCAGUAGUAUUCACUAUUCACACACAACCACAUCUCGUUUCCAAGUCAUCUGUUCUUUUAUCACCAAGCUAUAUAGGGAAAAUUCCUGUCCAAAUCCAAUCCCCUCUCCCGCUUCCUUUACCAGCUUAGGCCCUUUACUUGCCAAGUCCCACAUCUCUCUCUCUCUCUCUCUGUGACUCUGUGACUGUGUGUCCCCUCCUUUCUCUCCUCUCCCCCAUCCUUUUAUUCAUUUUCUUGAAUUGAUCUGCCCUUAUUUUAUUGAUUUCCAAUAUAAAAUCCCAGUACACUAUCCAAUCAUCCCUCCCUCCCUGUUUCCAUCAUCAUUAAUAAUACUACUAGUAUAUAAGAGGUGGUAUAUUUUAUACUCCAGAAAUAAGCCCUCCUCCACACAAACAAAAAAAAAAAAAAGAAAAAAAAAAAGUAUUCAAGAAAUAUAGGGCGAAAAAAAUGAAGGGAGAUUAUGUAAAAGAGGAAAAAGAUGGUCAUUCCAACCCCAUGUUUGCCAAGCUCCAUCAGACCCAAAAAUUCCUCCACCACCCUCCGCCGCCUCAGCCCCAGCCCCACCCCACCACCCUCCUCCACCACUCCUAACCCCCGGAAUGCCAAGCUUCCGAAGAAGUCGACAGCCACCACCGUAGCCCCACCACCCCUUCCGCCAGCGCCGCCACCACCUCCAAGACCCAAACAUUAGUAACACCAUCCUCGGGUAACGAUGCCACCAUAGAGGUUGUCCGCCGCCCCCGAGGCCGGCCACCUGGGUCCAAAAACAAACCCAAGCCUCCCGUCAUCAUUACCCGUGAAGCGGAGCCUUCUAUGAGCCCCUACGUUCUCGAAAUCUCCGGCGGAGUAGACAUUCUCGAAACCGUAACGACCUUCUGCCGCAAACGCAGCACCGGAUUGUGCAUACUAAACGGCUCCGGCACCGUUUCCAACGUUACUCUUCGCCAACCUUCCACCCCAGGAGCUAGCGUUACUUUCCAUGGCCGUUUCGAUAUUUUGUCGCUUUCUGCAACGAUACUUCCGCCGAAUUCUCACUCGUUUUCGACUUCUGCAGCAUUAAGCAACGGAAUAUCUAAUGGGUUUACUAUAUCUCUAGCCGGGCCGCAAGGGCAAGUCGUGGGAGGAACAGUUGUGGGAUCGUUGUUCACAGCUGCGGUUUAUUUGAUCGCGGCGAGUUUCAAUAGCCCUUCUUUCCAUAGAUUGCCGUUGGAAGACGAGAGGAAUUCUGAGUCGGCUGCUGCAGCUGCAGGUAGCGAGGGGCCUACGGUAUCCGGAGGAGGAGGGGCGGUGGGUGGUGGAGGACGGUCGCCAGCUCAGGGGGGAGGUGUGGAUUCUUGCAGUGGGGUUUCUUUGUACAGUUGUCACUUGCCUUCUGACGUGAUCUGGGCUCCCACAGCCAGACAACCGCAGCAACAUCCACCGCCUUACUGAUGACGAGUAAUUUGUUCAAAUCGAUGUGGGCGUGGGUUCUUCUCUUUUUCGCUUCUUCCCCCGACUGAUUACUGUCUGAUCAUGGUAAUAUGAACAACGUUGAGAGGCCUUCCUCGUCCUCGCUAGUUUAAUUUCUACCAGCAUAAUCUUUGUUUUGAAAUCUUUCCUUCCUGUGUACUUAUGCCUUGCUUAUCAUUUACCACUCUUAUGUAGGGUUGGCUAGUUUUUACUAGUUGUUUCGUCUUAGUUAUGAGAUGGAAAUGAAUACUCUCACUAAAUCCGUUAGUUGCCUGUUUGUAACCUUUUUGUUAUCAUCACUUUCCUUCUCUCUUUGAUGAGGUGAAUUGAAAUUUCCGAGUUUUUAGAAAAUUUUCAAAUGCA